AUGCUCCACAGACUCACCCCUCUCUUCCCCGCCGCCAGGAGUCUCACCACCCGUAUCGCCCCUCCCACCCGCAGGCUCGCCUCCUCCUUGGUCCUCCUCGAGCAGAAGGCGGGCAAGCUCAACGAGGCAUCUCUCACUGCUGUCACUGCUGCCAAAUCCCUUGGUAGUGAGACGCAAGCUAUCCUCUUCGGAUCAAAGUCCGACUUGGAGAAAGCUUUGGAGGAAGCCAAGAAGAUUGACAACAUUUCUACUGUCUACACCGCAUCCUCGGAUUCAUUCGCGCAUUUAUUGGCCGAGGCCGUGGCACCUUUCAUUGCAUCUGUGAUCAAGGACAAGGGUGUGACACAUGUCUUUGCUGCCCACACCGCUGUGGGCAAAAACGUGUUUCCGAGACUCGCUGGCCUUCUUGACUCGUCCUUGAUUGCCGAUAUCACCGCCCUAGAGGCGUCUGGUAGCCAGUUCACCCGGCCUAUCUACGCAGGAAAUGCCAUUUUGACGAUUGAAUCGUCAGACAAGGACGCGGUGAAAGUGAUCACGGUCCGUCCCACAGCAUUUGAAAGGGCAUCGACUGAGAGCGGGUCAUCAACUGUGGAGGAAUUGAACGAGUCCAAUACAGCGACAUCCAGCACCAAAUUCCUGUCGGAAGAGUUGACUGUAUCUGCGCGACCUGAUCUUGCAUCCGCUAGCAGGGUUGUAUCUGGAGGGCGAGCAUUGAAGUCCAAGGAUAGCUUUGAUCAAGUGCUGGACCCCCUUGCGGAUGCCUUCGGAGCAGCUGUUGGUGCCUCACGAGCCGCCGUCGAUGCUGGGUAUGCGGAUAACUCCCUACAGGUCGGCCAGACAGGAAAGGCAAGCUUUCCAUAUGAUACACCCGUCGUUGCUCCAGAACUCUACGUUGCUGUUGGGAUUUCGGGAGCCAUUCAGCAUCUUGCUGGUAUGAAGGAAUCCAAAAUGAUAGUCGCCAUCAACAAGGACCCAGAUGCUCCCAUCUUUCAGGUUGCCGACGCUGGCUUGGUGGCCGAUCUCUUCGAGGCGGUGCCGCAAUUGGUUGAAGAGGUUGCGAAAACUCAGGAUUAA